CAUAACGUUGUUCCAACACAUGGUAAUCAACGCCUAAUCGUUCCUGUUCUUACGGUCCCACUACCAUCAAACGCACGGUAUAAUCAAAGUGUACAGACACGAGUAGUAGGAUCACUCCCCAAUCAAGCCAGGUUCUUCCUAAAUCAACGUUGAAUCAAACAUUAGUCGCCGCAGCAAUCAGAAGUGUGGGAUUUUGCCGAGACUAUCCGUCGCUGGAAAAACGUGUUGUCUUUGGACAGUAUGGCGGCACCGCUUAAGCCUGAGUUCACACCGUUAGUAAUAAGCUUAGCGACAGGUCAACAUGUUAGAUACUGACGUGGGAUUUUUGGUGGAUUGUGCCAUGGUUAUCUCCCAGGAUGCGUUGGAAAUAAUAGAACAUCUCACGAAGGAUUUCAAGAUUAGCGGAAAUCUCAGCCACGCAAAUCGGACUACAAAAGUGCUCAAUCUAUCAUUCUGGUCGCGUAUAGAGAUGGAGAAUCUUACGCUAGUGAUGAAAGCAUCACUGUGGAUGGGCAAUCGGUUUGUUCCAUUUAAAAGUAUAAAAUAUUCAGUGAUGGUGACUCAAUUGCUGGAGCUUCCGUUUUACGACAUUCCAAAGCUGGUGUAUCAACAUGCACGUCCUCCAUUAGUACCGCCUUUGAAGCCUAACGUAACUUACAGCAUAACAGAGUGGAGUCCAACAAGUUUCCCUAAUUUUCCUGACGGCAGAUGGCUGGUGCAUCUUGAAUUUUUCAAGGAUAUGAAUAAAGAUGUCCUCCUAGCUACCACUGAGUGGUACUUGACAAUAACAAAUACCAUAGAAUGGUCUACGACAACUCUGCCUUCUGAUGAAUGAACAAUAUAAUGGUUUAUAAUCAAUACUGAAUACAUUUCUUUUAUGGAAUAAACGCACUUACAUGAACCUACGCGAUAGUUCCUGUGAAUAGGUUUGCUGCUUCAGUAUAUCCUAGAAGUGCAAAUGAAAUAAGUACAUUUUCAAAAAAUACAAACAACCCGACUGCAGUAGAUAUAAAGAAUAAAGAUUUGUGCUAUCAAGUGGAUUCUAGAGACCCCUGAUAAGUCAAAAUCUAUUAAGCUGUCUAAAGCUCAUGUUACAUGAAAUUCAAUGUCGAAUGUUUUUAUUAAAACCUGCC